AUUUUUUUUCUUCGAUUUCUUAGCUUUGAUUAGCGGUAAAACUUUUCUUUUUUCCUUUUUAUAUUUAAAAUAUAUAUUUCCUCUCUCUUCAACAUGGCUGAAAAGAGCCCACACCCUUGAAUCAUAUAUAAAUAUCUAUCUCUCUCUGAAAACUGAGCUCUCUAUUUCUUUCUCACUUUCUCUCUCUUUCUCUGUUUGUGAAGAAGAAGAAACAAGCCGUGGUUUGAGGAAAAGGCCUCUUUCUUAAGAUCUACUUUGUCAAAACUCAAACUGAGAUAGAGAUUGCAGAGAAAAGGAUAGUAGAUAAGCUCAAGAAAACAACCUUCUCAUGAACUUUACCGUAAGGUUUUGACUUAGCAGGUGCCUUCAAAGGAGGAAUUUGUUUGGAUUAUUUGUUGUUCUUUUUCUUGGAUUGCAGCUGAGACUAUUUGUCAUUUUAUGCUGAUUCAAGUUAUUGGUAAAAGUCCUGCAUGAAUUGGAAUAAUCAACUUGUAUCAGGGACAUGGCCAGGAAAUUACAUAGGGUCUCAACAGUAGUGUGUUAGUGGAUAGGAUUGCAAGAAUUAGGUUGAUAUCUCCUGAUUGCAGCUGGGGCUGGAAUUUCGCUCUGGUAGCAGUUGCCAUGGCAAUGAUUCUGAGAACGUGCAUUUUAGAUGCCCGCUAGUCCUGCUGUGCCUGGGCUUUUGUUAGAUGUACAUUCCUUUGCUAGCAAGCUUUGGAGAAAAUGGACCAGAUUUUUUGCUUUAUCUUGGGAAAUCAUGUUUAGUCAAAUAAGUUACUAAUGUCCUGCUGCAGCAUUUCUCCACAGGAGAUUCAGUAAUUUUGAGCAACCAUGUAAUUGUGCAUCUUCUUGAGCUUUGGAGGUUAUUUAUUCUGAAGAGUUAUUUAGAUUCUGUACUGCAUUGUAACUUGUAUAUCAUCCAAAUUGUUACUUAACAACAUGGAAGCUGAGACAGGGAACACUAACCACCAAUCAGAUGUUCUUCAUCAGAUGCUUCCUGUUGUUUUACCUGUUCUUCUAAUAUCAGUUGGAUAUGUUGACCUUGGAAAGUGGGUUGUGACUGUUGAUGGAGGUGCACGGUUUGGUUUUGAUCUGGUGGCCCCCAUGGUUCUUUUUAAUUGUGCCGCCAUUUUGUGUCAAUACCUGUCAGCUCGAAUUGGUGUUGUGACCGGACGAGAUCUUGCUCAGAUUUGCAGUGAUGAGUAUGACAAGUUGACUCGUAUAUUCUUAGGAGUUCAAGCAGAGCUUUCUGUGGUUGUUUUGGACCUUACCAUGGUUUUGGGUGUUGCACAUGGGAUUAAUCUUCUCUCUGGGGUCGAUCUAUCCACUGGUAUUCUUUUAGCUGGUCUUGAUGCUGUUUUAUUCCCAGUUUUUGCCACUCUCCUGGAUCACUGCAGGGCAAGUUUGCUAUGCAUCUAUGCAGCGGGUUUCGUAUUGCUUUCUUAUAUUUCUGGAGUACUCAUCAGUCAGCCAGAAAUUUCUCUUUCCAUGACUGGGAUGCUAGCAAAGUUGAGCGGGGAGAAUGCAUUUGCCCUGAUGAGUCUCCUUGGAGCAAGCAUCAUGCCUCACAAUUUUUAUCUACAUUCUUCUAUUGUUCAGCAGCAUCAGGGACCACCAAAUAUUUCUAAGAGUGCCUUAUGUCACUAUCAUCUUUUUGCGAUCUUAAGCGUCUUCAGCGUUAUUUAUCUAGUAAAUUUCGUGUGGAUGAGUUCAGCUGCAAAUGUGUUCUACAAUGCAGGCGAUGUCUUGGUUACUUUUCAGGAUGCAAUGUCACUAAUGGAACAGGUGUUUAGGAAUGGUAUGAUGCCCUUAGUCUUUUUGUUGGUUAUGUUCUUAUCUAAUCAAAUCACUGCAUCAACAUGGAAUCUUGGUGGGCAAGUAGUCUUGAAUGAUUUCCUUGGGCUUGACAUACCGGGUUGGCUUCAUCGUGCAACAAUUCGAAUUAUAGCAAUCGUGCCAGCUCUUUAUUGUGUUUGGACUUCUGGAGCUGGAGGGAUAUAUCAGUUGCUAAUCUUUGCUCAGGUUAUGGUAGCUCUUCUGCUUCCAUCUUCAGUGAUCCCCCUGUUUCGGAUUGCCUCAUCAAGACCAAUUAUGGGUGUCUAUAAGAUUUCUCCAAUUAUGGAGUUCCUAGCACUGGUAACAUUCAUGGGGAUGGUGGGCCUAAAGAUAAUUUUUGUGGUAGAAAUGAUAUUUGGAAAUAGUGAUUGGGUUGUUAAUUUGAAUGCUGGGAUUAGCAUGUCUGUUCCUUUUGUUAUUCUUCUUGUUACUGCUUGCACAUCAUUUUCUUUGAUGCUCUGGCUAGCAGCUACUCCUUUAAAAUCUGCUAGUUCCAGAAUUGAAGCUCAUGCAUGGAAAUGGGAUUUGAACAGAACUGUUUCUGAGGCAGCUAUAGAGAGGGAGGAAAAUGAUUUAAAUGAAACUAGAUAUCAUAUUGAGGAAGCUGCUCAUAUGCAGGAAAGAUCAUCAGAACCAGAAAAGUCUAUUGAAAGUCAUUCAGAUUUAUCCUUUUCAAAGUAUGAUCUGGAUUUGCCUGAAACAAUUAUGGAGUCUGACCAGGAAAUACCUUUGACUACUGUUAAUGAGAACUCUUCUAAUAGUAUAUAUACUAGCCCCUCAGUCUGUAACACCCAGGAGUCAGCAUCCAUAAUUGAGUCAGCUUCCACUGUAGUUAAUGAGGUUUUAGAUGAUGAUUCACCAGGCACCAGGACUCUGAAGAUUGAAUCAAUGAACCCUGUGGAGAAAACAGUGAGUUUAGAGGGAGAUCUGCAGAUUGAAAAAGAUGAUGAUGAUGGAGAUGCGUUGGAGCCUGAAGAGCCAUCCAAACCUCCUUCCGGAAGCAUUUCCUCUUUAACACCAGAUGGCCCUCCUUCAUUCAGGAGCCUUAGUGGUAAAAGUGAGGAUGGUGGGAAUGGUACUGGGAGCCUCUCUAGAUUAGCAGGAUUAGGUCGCACUGCAAGGCGUCAAUUAGCUGCCAUUCUUGAUGAAUUUUGGGGCCAAUUGUAUGAUUUUCAUGGGCAACCUACCCAAGAAGCAAAGGUGAAGAAAUUAGAUGUAUUAUUAGGCGUUGAUUCGAAACCAUUAAAAGUGGAUACAACUGGGAAGGAUUAUGGUGGGUAUUUGCCUUCAGUAGGAGGAAGGGGAUCUGAUGUGCUUAUUAAUUCAAGUCUGUAUGACUCUUCGAAGCAACUGAAGGUGCAAAAUAGUAUUGAUUCAUCGUAUGGUUAUUCAAGAGGAUCUUCAUCCUUGUGGUCAAACCACAUGCAGUUAUCGGAUACUUAUGUUCAAAAUUCAAGCUGUAAUGUUGAUUCUGGUGAAAGGAGGUUCUCUAGUUUGCGUGCUGCACCAUCUGCUGAUGCAUGGGAUUAUCAACCAGCUACAGUGCAUGGAUAUCAGAUUGCAUCUUAUCUCAAUCGAAUUGCUAAGGAUAGAAGCUCCAUUUGCUCGAAUGGUCAAAUGGAAUUGCUAGCAUCAAAAUCUCCUGCCCUGGGCACUACAAAUUAUGGAGACUCAUUGGGUUUCACAUUAGGGCAAAAAUUGCAAAAAGGGAUAACUCCUGCUCAAGCCCCUGGAUUUCAGAAUGUUUCAGUUUCUAGAAAUAGUCCAUUACAAUCCCAAAGAUCUUAUUAUGACAUCAGUUCCUCUGGAACUAAUGAUAAUUCUGGGAUAUCACUCAAUGCAAAGAAGUAUCAUAGCUUACCGGACAUUUCUGGACGCUCUGUUCCUCAUCAGGAUCCAUACAUGUCUGAGAAGAGUGCUCAGUGGGACAAUUCCAUUGGAUAUGGGUCGUCCAUUGGUCGGACAAAUUAUGAAACAUCCAUGUAUUCAAAUGCUGGUUCAAGGGCAGGAGUUCCAUUGGCCUUUAAUGAGCCUUCUCAAUUAAAGGUUUACAGAGAUGUUUUGCCCCUACAGUUGAGUUCAAGUUCAGACACUGGAUCCCUUUGGUCUAGACAGCCUUUUGAGCAGUUUGGCAUAGCUGAGAAAAGAUGCAUUGCUGGCAGUGAAGCAUGUGGAAGUGGGUUGAACUCAGUAACUCAGGAUACUGCUUCUAGUGUGGAUUUAGAGUCCAAGCUUCUUCAAUCUUUCCGACAUUGUAUAGUAAGGCUCUUGAAAUUAGAUGGGUCUGACUGGUUGUUUGGACAAAAUGAUGGAGCUGAUGAAGAUUUAAUUGAUCGUGUAGCAGCAAGGGAGAGAGUUCUUUAUGAUGCUGAAGCUAGAGAGAUGAACCAGGUUGUUCAGCUGGGUGAACCUCAAUAUUUGUCUUCUGAAGGGAGGUAUGGUUCUACACCAAAGAGUGUUGAGGCAAGUUUUACCAAGUUUUCAAUUUCAUCAGUUCCUCAUUGUGGGGAGGGUUGUAUUUGGAAAGUGGAUUUGAUAAUAAGCUUCGGAGUGUGGUGCAUUCACCGAAUACUUGAUCUUUCGCUGAUGGAAAGCCGACCAGAGCUGUGGGGAAAAUACACUUACGUGCUUAAUCGUCUCCAGGGUGUGAUUGAUAUUGCAUUUUCAAAGCCUCGAUCCCCAAUGUCCCCAUGCUUCUGCGUUCAAAUCCCUGCAGAAUAUCAGCAGAGAUCAAGUCCUUCUGUUUCCAAUGGAAUGUUGCCCCCAGCUGCAAAACCUGGCAGGGGCAAGAGUACAACUGCAGCUACGCUCUUGGAUAUGAUAAAGGAUGUGGAGACUGCUAUAUCUUACCGCAAGGGUCGAACAGGUACUGCUGCUGGUGAUGUAGCUUUUCCAAAGGGAAAAGAGAACUUGGCAUCUGUCCUUAAACGCUACAAGCGACGAUUGUCCAACAAACCAGUUGGCACCCAUGAGGGAUCUGGAUCACGCAAGGUUCCGACAUCAGCUCCAAUGGUGGCUUCUUAUAGUUCAUAGCUUUCAUUCCAGUUUUCCUCUAUGUCACGGUUGUUGAGCUGUUUUGAUUUUGAAAGGCAGCUCAUUUUCUCACAGGACUGUCAAAACCAACCCCCACUUCUUCCCUCCCCCUUCUACCUCGUGUAUUAAAAGUCAGCGCUGCAAUUUUUAUUUCCAUAUAUGUGAUAUAUACUUCGGAUAAAAGUUCUCUGGAUGUGUUUUAAUUGCAGCUGAAUUAAAGAAAAUGGAUUAGAAGGAAGGUGGAAAUUGAUCUAUAGCAAUGUAGUUUUUAGUUACUAAAGUCUGUUUGUCAUCUCUCUGGGUUUUCACUUGGCUCA